CCGAUUACAACGACAGGUUACAGCGCUGCCGCCGAUCGAGUUGGACGGCAGCAGCGGCGAGGACGAGGACCAGACCCGGGACGAAGAGACAGAGACCCACCGGCGGGACCAGGACCCAGGCCCCGCGCGGAGAUCACAGCACCGCCUCGUUAAACUCGGUAGAUCGACACAGUGCCAUCGUCGUCGUGCAGCGUCGCGACGUGGUGAGGUAGGCGGAGGUCGCGGCGGACACGUCACUCGUCGGACGGCAGGAUGAGACCCGAUGACAUGGUGGUGAACAACAGCGAACCACGGCGGGCGGCGGAGACGAUGUCGGAAACAUCGGAGGGCACCGCGACCACCAGCGUGUCCGGCAGGUCCGGCUUCGAGAGCCGCGAGGAGCUCCGUGACCUCGCGGCUGAACUCAACAUUGAUCCCGAGGAUCUUCAUCAGGAGCGCUUCCGCGUGGAUCGCCGCAAGUUGGAGCAGAUGCUUCUCGGUGAUACCAAACCAGCGGAAACCUUCUUCAAAGCCGUUAUGAACAGAACAAACACCUUGGUUACGUGGCCAUCAAGAUUGAAGAUUGGAGCAAAGUCGAAGAAAGAUCCGCACAUCAAAGUCGCGGGACGAUUAGACGAUGUACGGUCAGCAAAGGAGAAGAUAAUGGAAAUUUUGGACACACGGCAAAGUAAUAGAGUGACCAUGAAGUUAGACGUUAGCUACACCGACCAUUCGCACAUCAUCGGUAAGGGUGGCCUGACAAUUAAACGAGUGAUGGAGGAAACUGGCUGUCACAUUCAUUUUCCAGACAGCAAUCGCAGCAAUCAUCAAGACAAGAGCAAUCAGGUUUCCAUCGCUGGCGAAAUGGAAAGCGUCGAACGCGCCCGUGCUCGUGUCAGGAAUCUGACGCCUCUGAUCUUUUCCUUCGAGCUGCCUAUAAUGGGCACUUCGCAGACCAUGCCAGACUGCACCUCGCCGUACGUAGUACGGAUACAAGAGAAGUUCAAUGUGCAAGUGAUGUUUCGCACAAGACCGAAAUUGCACGCCACCCUGGUGGUUGUCAAGGGAUGCGAAUGGGAGGUUUCCCAAGUCAAAAAUGCGACGUGUCUGCUGAUCCGUUAUAUGUGCAAAAAUCUAGCUAGUCAAAUCCAAGUACAAAUGUCAAUGGAGAUUUCACCCCAACAUCAUAGCAUCGUGCUAGGGAAACAGAGUAGCAAUCUGAAGAUGAUUAUGCAACGUACCGCCACGCAAAUUAUGUUCCCCGAUGCUGGCGAUCCGAAUAUACCUAGCCUCAAAAAAAGCAACGUCACUAUUACUGGCGAAAUACACAAUGUUUACUUGGCCAGACAACAAUUAGUGGGCUCGUUGCCACUGGUACUUAUGUUCGACCUGCCGGAAGAUUCCAUGACCACUUCCGUGGAUACUGAUAAGAUCUCCCAACUCAUGCAAUCUCUGGACGUGUUUAUCAACGUUCGUCACAAACCGAAACAGAGUACGCUUUCCGUGAUUAUCAAAGGAAUCGAGAGGAAGGCCAGUAAUAUUUACAAAGCACGGAAGCAAUUGCUGGGACUGGAUGAGCCCUCGGUUGUUGCCGAUAUACCAGUUACUUAUCACAUUCCGAAUGCUGGCAAUAUCUUCCAAGGCAAUUCCAAUAACGAUGGCUCCAACAAUCUGAUCAGCGGCAUAUCGGAUAAUUUCUCCAGCAUGUUAAAUGUAAAUACGCAAAAUUCGCCGUACUGCGUAUCGCCGAUCUCGCACUCACCAAAUUCUCUAGGACUGUCGUCACACUGGGGCCUCCCUCAUCAUUAUAUUCCGUCGAUGUGCCCGUAUCCUUACUCUCAUUUGAACGCCCUGCUGACGACACAACACAUGAUGCACAACAACAUAAUGGGAACUUCCCACGGACCCCAUGCAUUAUCGAACCACGUAAUGCCUCCCGGUAUUGGAGCGUUUCACUCUAAUGUACCGACCAACUUUUCUGGUAUCCAUGGUUUGAAUGCCAAUUCAUUGAUCGAUAGCAAAGAUGGUAAUAGUGCUUAUUCUUCGUUAAGUAGCGUUUCUAGCUCUUUAUCUAGUCCUGCCAUCAGCCCUCGUAAUAUUUCACCGGUCAAUCCUGCGGAUUCUAAUACCAACUUGCCGGAUCUAUCGAGUAUGUUGUCUGAUUUACCAGUCACCGAUCGACGUGCACCUGGUUGCGAGAAAAAAUCACUCGAGAUGGCUGCGCAGCAGAAUCUCACGCCCUUCGAUUACGAACAGAAAAAGUUGCUGGCUACAAAGGCGAUGCAGAAUAAAUCGAACAACACUGAUUUUCGCGUACCAACGUCUGCUUGGUCCGGUUACGGCCUGAGCCAAAGUAUUCCGCCCAUAAAUACGAGUGACUUAAGCAAGGAUCUUCCACAUCCUUCAGACUUGUGGAAAGAACCAACCACGCCGGUGUUCAGUACCGAAAUGGAUUUCAGUAGUAUUAUUUCAAGCAAGGAUCGCGUCGGACAGAUCGGAAUGGCGGCCUCCAAUUAUAUGGACCAUACGCCGACCUCCCAUUUGAACACAAUUACAUCGUCCCAUCGUUUCGAUGAUUUGGGCAGCAUGUUGACCAGCAUCGGUUUGGAGAAAUAUAUACAAAUGAACAAACGAACUAGUCCGUUCUCUGGAAGCGCUGCGCCCGGCGCUGAACGGAAGGCAUCCUCGUCAUCGGCGUCAACGUCGUCGAUGGGCAAAUGUAAUUUAGACACCAAAUGGUAAAAGAAAAAAAAAAUGAUCGCGUGUAUGUUAUCCGUUCCGAGCGCAAUAGCGUAUCAGCGCUGUCGAAGCCGAUCUCGGAGAUCCGUCGCACAUCGAUUACGGAAACAGAUACGUACUUAAUAAUGUUGAUCGAAUGUGUAACUGCGGGGACCACACUACGUUAUUACAUCGGUCGUUCGGACGGAAUAAACGCGGAUUUACGGGAAACCAAGAGGACUAUUCGACUAUUCAUCCCGUGAGAAUUCGGCAGACGCGGUACGAAUAGCCAAACAGUUUGCAUGUGAUGAUUUGAAGUUACUUAAGUAUCAAGAGAACAUUAUUUUUGUGACCGAGAACUGGCUGUAUUAUUUUUUUCCUUAUUUUUUUUUCGCUGUUCUCGGCACGAGGCCUAAAGGUGCCUUAGAAUUUAGGAUAAUCGUUAAUAUUGUCGCAAUCUUUGUUUGUUAUCCAAGAUAGACAUUCACGUCGUUAUCGUUUCCUUCUUGUUAAUAAAUUUUUUUACAUGAAACCUGGCAAUCCGAUCGAUUCUGCGAUUCGAUUAACGUUUACGAAGCAAAGAGCGCGUCGUCAGUUGUAUGAAGCUAAAAGAAUCGUGUAGAAUCAUGUUUGAAAUUGUUACGAAACGUCGACGUGCAUGUCUUGUUCGUUACAUCGUGUGGUGGUUCGCUUGAUGACCGAAUGAUGAUCGGUACGUAUGAGUGAAUGUGCGUAUGUGUGUGCAUGAUCGGGCAUAAAUGUUUCGAGUAAAAGUCUAAAACAAACAAAAAAAAAAAAAAUCAAAAAGGAGUUUACAUCAAUUAUUAGAAAUUUAGAAUGCGAUGGGCGAGGGAUGUCCCGUGUGUUCAGCGGCCUUUCGUCCUAGCAAAAAUUCACAUAUAUUUAAUUCAGACUAAGCUCGAAUGCGAUCACGGGUCGGCCGAAACUGUACUCUUAAAAUUGAAACCACCGUUAUAAAUGAUCGAUGUUAAUCAGUGAUUUGACGUCGCGCGUAAACAAAAUACAGUUUGUGCGGCAGCUCUCCCGUGAGGUUGCGAUCUCGAGUUUUACAAAGUAAGUAUAAGUUGCAAAGUAUUUAUUAAUUAUUUCGCGAAAGACGCUGGACGCACGUCAAACAAUAGACCGCAAGAACUUUUCGUGUAAAGCAUGUGUUGAAGACAGAACGGUGUUAAACGAAUUCUAUAGCGCAAAUACUCCAUAUAUGUCACUCUCCGCGCAACCGAUGCUUUUUCGAGGAGCCAGUUGAAUCGAGUAUCGAUACCAAACUACAAUUUGCGACGACGAUCGUCGCGUUAAUCGUAGGAAGCCUUCGUUAUUAAAUUAACUCUAAACUUGGCAGAGUCUAAGAAACGAAUGUGAAAUUGUAUUAUAGCGAUAAAUACAAGAACUAUAUAUAUAAUAUAUGUAAAAAUUAUAUAUAUGUAAAAAAUCACAUAAAAAUGAUGAAUUCGUAAAAAUGAUAUUCAGAUAUGCAGAACUGUUAUCUUUUUUUCAAUGCAAUUGUGUUCUUCGAGAUUUACUUGUGACAUAUGUGAUUACGAUAAUUUGGACGACGUAUGCAAGUAUGAUUUAUAUAGAAUCUACGAAUUUAAAAGCGACACAUUGCCAAGUUUAGAUUCUUCUGAUUCCUCGCACGCAGAGAGCUCCAUUGGCCGCAGUCGAUUUCGCAAAACGAUUGUUUUAUAAACAUAAGAUAUAUCUCGUUCUCGGUAAUAAUUUAUUCGAAUUUUUAAGCGUUAUUUUUGUUUAUUUUUUUUUGGAACAAAGGAAUGAAAGCGUUAGGUAAAUUAGCUCUUGAGUCGCGUGCAUUAUUAUUUAGAUGUCAAUGUAACGCGUAUUAUGCAUAUCAAAUUAAAAUCGAACGAAGAAGGGACGAUUAUUACUUUUGCAGAGGAAAGAAAGUCGAUUCUCCCAUAAUGAUGAAAUUCUUGAAUCGCGCGAUCAUAUAUUUACGAUCAUCAAUCUCGAGAAUCUGAUGCCUGCGUAAAAAGUGAAAACAAAGAGGGCCGAGAAUCGCACGAUCGAGCUGAUCGAACAUGCCUAACGAAAGAUUUUACUGCGAAGAGUUCUUGACUAAGUCUUUUGCGAAAUCUUUUUAAGCGUAAAUUAUUUAUGCGCUCGCGAGAUAAAUCGGAACUAAGGGGAAUAAAUUAAUGAGAAUAAGAAUAUUUCGCAAAUACGUGUGAUAUAAUAUUGGACUGUAUCUGGUUCUAUUGUCCGUUUUCUUUUUUUUUUUUUUGUUCGCUCAAUGGUGAUAAUGAUGAUGAUCUAAAAACAGAAAGCUCCCAAGAUUCUUUGGGGCGAUCGUACAAUCCGGUCUACACAUAAGGGCUACACGAUAAAAAAUUGCAAGAACAAGUAGAUAAAGAUGAUAUGCCGCGAAACUGGUUAAAUGUACAAAAUAAUAGACAAAAUAAUCUACAGAUUUUUGAUAAUUUUAUCGCUAAGAGAAUAAUUUGUGAACUUUAGUCUCAAUAUAUAGAUAUUAGAAUUCUCGUUAAUUACUUUAGCAGAAAAAUUCUAACAAUUUUUAGUAACAAAAUUCUACAGUCCAACAACACUUCGUUAGAAGUUACGAAUAUUGUAUUUUGUUACGAUAGCAUCAGAAUACUUGUUAUUAUAUUAGUGACGGCAUAAUUUUUUAAGAAUUUCAUUUGUUAAAAAUCUCAUUGAUAACGACAACUGAUUACGAUCUUAACAAUUUCAGAAGAGUUUGAGAGACACUUGGAAAGACUUGGAAACUUUAAAGGAUAAGAUAAAUUUUUUCCAUUUGAAAAAAUUAGGACCUCUCUGAGCCAUUUCUACAAGGUUCUUUAAAUUUUUAUGUUAUCUAAACGCCGCAUAUCAUCUAUAUCCAAUUGCGCCUGCAAUCAUGUUGCUCUAGGGGCCACCUUGCGUUCCCACAAGGGGCAAAAAAUCAAGUUUUUUUUGUGGCAGCGAUGAUCCACAGAAAAGUUCUGAUUGGUAAAGGGUUUCGAAAUGAUAAUCGCCAAGGGAAAUGAAGUGUAAGCAUGAAGUGUGCGCGACUGAACGAAUAUCAUGUGUAAUAUAUCAUGUAUAAUAUAUAUUGUCGCUGCGGAUCAAAUGUACACGUACGCAUAAUCGUGAAUCAACGAAGCAGCGCAAGUGUCCUCGAGCUCAAAAUGCAUUCGUUCGAAAAUCGUCGACACUUUCUUACGUAGGGUAACUCGAAAUCCAGGUGCUAUGUAAAGAGUAAAAGGCUUGUCGCGCGAGGAAAAGAAUUCAAUUAAAUCUAUUUUGUAAUAGAAAGUAACGGAGAAAAGGAAGCGUUCUGAUUUCGAGGAAAGAUCUUUCAGCCUCUUUUUCCCAAAGCCUAUUCUCUGUACUUGCGAUUUUUGAAAAUAACGCGACCAGCGGAAUUCGAGAUGGAAACAUACCCUGCAUACACCCGUACGGCGAGAUCCCCUUUGCCUUUGCCGACCGAUAUAAUCGACGGUUUCUUUGCCUAGUCCUGAGAAGAAAUCUGUCAAUGUUCCUACGUGAAUACGCACUGAUCCCGUGCAAAGUGUUAACGUAUACGGGUAAUAUAUAGGUAUAGUCGCGGAAAUAUUAGCGUUAAAAAGAGAGGGAAAUGCGCGUGCGAGAUGAAACGACGACGACGACAAAGAGUUUCUAGUUAGCGUUCUCGAGCGUUUCGGUUAACAAGAAUCGAUUUACGUCGGAAAGAGAGAAGAUAUACACCUUCAAACGGUAAAAUUAGUUUUUCACUACUUUUCUCUAGUCCCUACUCACUUGACAUUUUUUGCAUUCAGCAAAUAACAUGACACACUUCUCUCUCUCUCUCUCUCACUCUCUCUCUCCCUUUUCUCUCUCGAAAAAGAAAAGGAAAACGAAGACAAGAUCAGCCUAAAAGCUUACCGUUAGACUGAUCUUAUCUUCGUUUACCUUUUCUCUUUCGAUCGUAUCAAUUACGCUUGAUCUCGCUCGCGAAACUUACGCAACUUGAGUUCUGUUGCGUUUACGAGAAUGCGCUGUAAAUCUUCGAAAUUGCGUAUCGUAAGCAUAUUUUUUUUUCACUGUCUUUGCGUCGAAAAAACGGAACAGAAAAUAUUACGAUAUCGUUAGUAUCGUUUCAUUGUAGCAAACUGUGGGCUCGCUCUUUCCUACCAAACUCAUUCAGACUUAAUUUAAUACGAUUUAUAUAUAAUGGGAGGAAAAAGCGAGUCCACAGUUUGCUACAAUAAAACAAUACUAAUAAUAUCGUAAUACUUUCUUCGUUUAAAAAAUUAAAAUAGAUUAAGCUUAUAAUUUGCUUGAUACUUGAAAAUCUUACGCAAGUUUAAGGAUUAAUCCGUUUUAACUUUCGAUGUCUAGUGACUUUCGUUUUCUUGGUUUUGAAAUUUCCAUGAAAAAUGGAUUUAGAAAAAAGUAAUGGAUCUUCUCUGAGAAUCUCAGGAAGAUUUAAAGUCCACAGGCCAUAUCGUUGCGCAAAGAUUUUUCUCGACGGUAGAUUUGCGAUUACUUAUAAAAUUCGAAGAUAUUCUUCGAUCAGAGAGAAUUUAAUGAUCCACUCGAUUUUUUAAAAACUUCGGAAAAUUAAUUUCAAAGUUGCGAAAAUUAAAAUUUAAACGAAAUCUGAUUUAAUUUCAACUUAUAUCCCAUAUUAUUGGAAUUAAGUCAAUCUAAUUUCGUUGGAAUGGAAUGAAACUUUUUGUUAAUUUUAUUCCAACUAAUUUGUAGUAUCAAUUGAUUUUUCUCAACUUUCCUCAUUUCUUCGAGUUUUUAAAAAGACGAGAAAGAUACCGCGUAUAGUACAUUGAAUCUUUUAAUUUUAUACAUAAUAUGUCACACCUCAUCUUGCCUGAACGAUAAACUAGCGUGAAACGCGCAAGCGAUUUGGGAAAUACAUCGCGAUCCCGUCCGAGACAUAAUGUCGCCUUAAUUAAGCAGCUAUAAUGACACCAUGCGUAAACCGUUUUCAUAUAUCGAUAAGUAUAAAUGCCUCGCACUAUUGUGUUCUCUCUUUCAAACUCGAAAGAUGUCAGAAAAUUGUAUUUUUCGCUUAGCGAGAUCAAUACAAAAUCGUGAUCUCUUUUCGGCACAGAAGGGACACUCUCUUAGAAUACCGUAGUAUCGUCGCUAAAGUGCCUGUGAGAAAUGUGGAGAAUAAUCGGAGGAGUUCGCCCGAGGAAAAGAACGUACAAACGAUAAAAUAAACAAUAUUUUGUGAAAGAAACAAACACUUUCAGGUUCGAAAUUUGAAUGAAUAUUAAGGAUAUAUAUACGUACGAUUCAGAAAAGGUAGAAUUGGAAAAAAAGAAAAAUAGAACUGCGUAAAAGUUGCUUCCAAUGUGUCUUAUUAUUUUUCGGGUGAACUCCGUUUACGUCGCGAUUAAUAAGAUUUAAUUGUUAGAGUAGAGAGCGCAAAUGUAAACGCGAAUACCUCAGGAAGUAAAUAACAGCCCGAUCUUUUGAGAAGGGACUUCUCAUGAAACGAUGAAAGAACCCGCACUAUACAACUGUACUACACUGAGGAAAAAAAAUUUGUUGAAAAACUAAAAUAUUUAAUUCGAUACGUACAACUGUAAGUAUUGAGCUGAUUGAAGUUUUGAUUAAAAAAUUUGAAUGAAAAUUUGAGUUGAUUUAAGUCUCGAUUAAAAAAUUUCAAAGAAUAUUAACUAGAUCUUUUUUUUGUGCAACUAAAUAACUAUUGAAUCAACCCAAUGUUUGGUUGAUCGUAUCGGACUAAAUAUUUUAAUUCUUUAACAAAUUCUUUUUCUCAGUGUAUAAAUGAUACAUUCCAGGGAAAGAUGAUAAAAGAGUUUGGAUUCAAAUGAAAUUUGUAGUGUCGUAGGAGAGGCGGAUGGAAAGUGUUAAUUUAUGUGUAUGUGUUUCGCGUUUUUUUUUUCUUUCUGUGCUAUAGUGUUUAUGAUAUUGUUUCUCGUGUAAAAUAAAUCUAGGGACGUGCCCGCCCAUCGAGCGCAGGUGCAGCAACCGAAUGAUAAAUUAAUCGAUGAAUAUGUCAUUAUUGCAUGUAAACAAUCGAUCCAUCGACCUGCGCGGCGGCAGAUGAAGCGUUUUAUAAUAUACAGCGCGGCAUAAUAUUUUUAUAUGAUAUAAUGUAAUCUAAUUUUGAUAUAAGAGCCAAGAGAGUAUAUAUCGAUCAUUUAUUGUUUGUUUCGGAAAAAAGAAACGAGAAUGUCGCCCGAAAUCGGGAUUUGUUGUAUUGAAAUGAAGAAUAAAGAUGAUUUUGUAUAUUGCUA